AUGAAGUGUGAUGAUGUCCUUCACUUUUCUUUUUUUCCUGGUGUAGAAGAGGAAAUGAUGAUGAUGGUGGUGGUGGUGGAAGGCAAGAUUUUCUUGAUGCUAAAAACUAAAAUGAUAAAGCUUAAAGAUGAUGCAAAUGUUAAGGAAGAGCUUAAGAUUGAGGCAGAAAAUGAUGAUGAUGAUAAUAGUAAUAAUAAUAAUAAUGACAUUGAUGAUGAUGAUGAUAAUGAUAGUGGAUGUUUAACUGAUAAAGAUGUUCAGAUUAAGCCUGAGAGGAAAGUAAUGAUGAUUUUCAAGUGGGAAAGAUGUUCAAACUAA